GUGCUUCUUAUGUCGCUUCGGUGUUUAUUAUAACGUUGCCUUUGGUGACAGGUCACAGCGGUGUCAUAGUAAAUGGAUCUGUUCUAGUUUAUGAUACAAAAUAUCCGGUUCCUUCGGCGUGUACUUUAGGAAGUUUGCACAUCUCAACGACUUGGCACAUUGUGCUCUUUGUGAUGCAGAGUAUCGUGUUAGUCGUCAUUUGCUCUGGCAAUCUCGGCGGUGACUCUCUUUUCCUCGCGAUCAUGCUACACGUGUGCGGACAAGUGCAACUUCUGAGAGUCGAGUUCGUCAACUUCGGUGUGGAAAGCUCGAAUCCGAGUGAAGAAUUUUCGAAGAUAUUGACGAGACAUCAACAUCUGUUGGAUCAAGCGUCGCUCCUGGCAGAUACGAUUAGCUUUGUUUUAAUGGUACAAUUGCUCAUCAGUUGUGUCCUGAUUUGUAUAAUCGGUUUUCAGCUUAUCCUAGCAUUGAAAGUGGGUGACAUGAUCAUGAUAUUUAAAACACUAACAGUGCAGACUACUCUAUUGACACAGAUGUUUGCUUAUAGCUACGUGGGAGAUUACAUGAAGUAUCAAAUCGAAGAAAUAGCACACGCAAUUUUCAGCAGCAAUUGGUACUGGUUAUCAUUUAAACUAAUGAGAAACAUCUUAUUUGUUAUCGUACGGUCACAGCAACCUAUUCAAUUGAUGGCUGGUAAAUUUCUCGUCGUAAACAUGCAGACUUUUAUGAGUAUAAUAAAAACCUCCCUUUCGUAUCUAUCUGUGCUACGUGUAAUGGUGGAGACGUAGAGCGCGAACAACCGACGAGAGGAUUAAAAAAAUAAUCUAAGCACAUCUAAUCAAUAUCAUAGUUCAGGAAAUAAGAAA